AUGAGCUUAGUUGAGGAGCUUGAAUUGAACAGCGCGGAUGCAGCUGAGCCAAGCAUCAUCGAACCAACAGAAGAUUUCAAUGAAAUUGAACCGACUACCGAGGAGUUUUCAACAUUGGAACAUAUUGCUGAUAAGAUACCGUUAGGUGCCUGGUUGAUUGUCGUUUGCGAAUUGUGUGAACGUUUCGCUUUUUAUGGACUUUCUGGUCUCUUUCAAAAUUACAUUCAAUUUCCGUUACCUACUGGAAAUGAUACACAACCAGGUGCACUCGAUCGAGGACAACAGACUGCCACUGCAUUGACGAAUUUUUUUCGAUUCUUUGCUUAUCUCACGCCGAUUCUUGGAGCUAUUCUAGCCGAUCAAUUCUGGGGCAAAUACAAGACUAUAGUUGUUUCAUGUGUGGUCUAUAUGAUUGGUCUUGUCGUAAUACUGCUGACCAGUAUACCGCCAGCUAUUCAGAAAGGCGUCGCCUUUCCUGGUUUAAUCGUAGCAAUGAUUAUAAUUGGUUUCGGCACCGGUGGUGUGAAGAGUAAUGUGAGUCCAUUGAUGGCUGAGCAAUAUUCUAGAAAGAAAGCAAUUAUCACAGUAAUUAACGGCCAAAAGAAAAUUAUCGAUCCAAGCGUAACGACACAAUCAAUGUUCAAUUGGUUCUAUUGGGCAAUUAAUAUAGGAGCACUAUCAUUGAUUGUUACAACAAAUGUUGAAAAGUAUCAUUCAUUCUGGCUUGCUUUUCUUAUACCCACAGUUGCAUUCGUCGGUGCCAUCGUUGUCUUGGUCAUCGGUCGCGAUCGAUACGUUCAAAUACCUCCCUCUGGUUCAUUGCUCGUUCGCGCUGGUGGCGUUACAGUGACCGCCAUCCGAAUGCGAUGGAAAUUGGGCAAACAAUCCGAUCGUCCAGAUCUUUUAGAUUAUGCCAAAAAACUACCAGGUUCGAUCGAUCAUAAUGAAGAACAAACGGCGAUAGAAUUACGCGACAAUCAGUUUAUUGAUGAUCUUAAAAAAGCAAUUAGGGCCUGCCGUGUUUUUCUUUUCUAUCCGUUUUAUUGGAUCUGUUACAAUCAGUUUGGAAGCAAUUUAGUAUCGCAAGCAGCGCAAAUGAAUGUUGGCCCUCUGCCCAAUGAUAUUUUGCAAAAUAUUGAUCCGAUCGUUAUAGUUAUUUUCAUUCCCAUCUUCGACAAAUUCAUCUAUCCUGGCUUGCGACGAUGUAAAAUCAGUUUUACGGCUAUUCCCCGUAUCAGUGCGGGUUUCUUUUGUGUUUCUAUUGGUAUGGCAUGGUCAGCCAUUGUUCAACAUCUAAUCUAUAUUACUGGUCCGAAUUUCGACUAUGUGCCUGAGCCUGACAAAACAGCUGCUUUUUCAUUAGUAAUUCUGUCACGUAUUGACUCAUCGAUCCCAUCAAUGAAAGCACUUAUUCUUGCACCAACAUCUAAAUUAGCUAUACAAAUUAGUUCAGCAAUUGAAAAAAUGGCACAAUUUUACUAUAUAUUAAAAUUGCUUAUGCUGUAUAUUAAUAUAACAAUUAGUAUUGUUUUUGGUCAAUUUUUAACAGAAUCAAUUGGUAUUGGUACACAAGGUACAGUUAAAGGUUGGUCUUGUCUACAGCAUGGGAUAGAUUUAAGUCAAGUACGUAUAUGUUGUGUUGAUGAAGCUGAUGUUAUAAUGUUAACUUAUGGCUUUGAAAAAGUAUGUGUUCAUCUUGUACGAAGUGCUAAUCCUUCCGUUUGUCGCAUGAUAUUAUUUCCAGCUAAAUAUUUUGAUGAAGUUAAUGUAUUUGCACGUGAAAUUGUUAAAGAUCAAAUUGUUUUAAGAUUAAAAGAUGAAAAACAAACACUGCAUAAUAUAACACAAUUUUUUAUACGUUGUUAUGAUCAACAACAAAAUAUAUAA